AAUGCGGACCUGCCGGACAAGAUUCCCGGAAGUAUACUGUAACCACGUGCUGUGCUAAGUGAGUAAAAAUGGAGGCGGUCGAUUUUUCUCUCUUGAUGGAUCAGCUCCAUUCUCUCAAUCAGCUAGGUCUUGACAAAAGCGCCCAGCUACUGGCUGACAUGUUGGUUUUUAACUGCUCUAUUAAAAAUAGAUUUUUAUUAGCGUCUUAUGGAGACUCCCUCUACAAUGACGAGCAAUACAAUAGGGCCUUGCACUAUUAUCGUCAGGCUCUCACUGCUGAAGCAGGCAGCCAAUCAGAUUCAGACAUUAAGAACGUGAGUGAAGGUAGAAUACAAUGGAGUAUUUAUAAAUGUUAUUUAAAAUUAAGGCAAUACGAUGAUGCUAUCCAUGCUUUAUUAUCUGUUCCAGUGAAGCAGAGAACUAUACAAAUUGAAUUAGCUUUAGCAAAGUUGUAUCAAAAUUUCAAAAAGGACAAUAACAAUGCUGUCAUGUAUUACCGGAUGGUUUUAAUGAAAUGUCCAUUUGCUUUGGAAGCUGUAACAGCAUUGCUUUCUCUAGGAGUGUCACUAGCUCAGCUGGUGGCCAUAUUUAGACAACAUUCACCAUCUCUUUCUUCUUAUAACUGGCUAAGUGUUUGGCUUAAAGCUCAAGAGAAUAUAUCAUUAUAUCAAUAUGCAGAUGCCCUGAGAGAUUUUGAGACACUCAACAAAUCGGGUUUCACUCUUAGUCCAGAAAAUAACAGUCAGAUUGGUUGGAUCAUGUCAAAAUUAUUAAAGAAAUCCCAAGCCAUUGAGUUAUUUAAAAAAGCCUGUGUCCAGGAUCCUUAUGUUAUCAACUACAUGGACACUUUUGGGAGAUUAUUGUCAUCGAAAUCAUCAAAUCCAACCAACUCAAAGCUAGCGGAUCAGUUAUUGGCUGUGUCAUCACUCCACCCUCAGCCACUGGUCGUGAAGAUAUGGUCACUCCUCAGGACACAAAAGAGAUCAAAUGCGACCCACGUCCAAAUACUGAUACAAAAGAUCAAUAACAUCAUGAGCUCUUUAGAGGCCGGGAAAUCUGAGAAAUCAUAUUUAUUAGGCACAAUAAGUCUAUCAAGACAGAAGUAUGAAGAAGCCAUUGUUAGUUAUCAAGAGGCUAUUAGGAUUGAUCCAUCUUUCUUUGAAGCAUAUGAAAGUUUGUUGAGAUGCUACCUGAUAUGCAGAGGUUACAGAGCAGCCUUCAGUACAAUGUCCUCAGCCGUUAAGAGCAUUAAGAUCCCUUCACAGCAGCUCUAUCUUGAAGCCAUUGUGUUAGCUAGUAAACCAGGGACUGAGGCUAAGGCCAUUAAGUGUCUUGAGAAUGCUGUGAAACUUGAUAAGACUUUUGACAGAGCCACCAUAGCUCUCUGUCACUCUCUCACUCAAUCAACCCAAACUGUACCUAAAGCCAUUGAAAUGUUGAAAGAUAUUUUGAAGGUACAUCAAUCAGCUCCUUUGUAUUACGAACUCGCAAAAUGCUACGAAUUAUUGAAACACUUUGUGGAGGCAUUGGAGAAUUAUGAGAUAUCCGUAAGAAUGGAUCCAGAUUUCAAUGAUGCUGUAUCUAGUCUUCUCUCACUGCAAGAGAAGAUGUCUUCUGGUGAUACUUUGAUGGAAUUUGAGAGAGAAGGAGAGAGAGGGGGAGGGGACGAGAAUGAACCUGCUGAAGCAAAAGAGAAUUUAUCUGACAUAUUGUUUGGUCAAGUUGGCGAAGGAACACCAGCUGCUUCAAGAGAUCUAGGUGGUGAUGUCUCUGCUUUCCCAGUCCUUGAUUUUGGUGAGGAAGAGGAGGAGGAAGGGGAAGGAGAUUAUUGAGCAUUACCAGUCAUAGAGUGACACAAACAUGCGCGAUUACAUCUACGUGUCCAAUUAUAAUAUUGUUUACAGUGAUUUUUAAGUAA